AUGGAAGGUCGAAAAGUCUCGCCAGUAAGAUCCUCGAUUACGAAGUCACCACCUGUUCAAUCAAGUUAUACUACUCUUUCCCUCGAGGAAGGUGAUGGACGACUUUUUAAAAUAGAUGUGGACUUCAAGGAACGAGUAGAUGAGGCUCUACCCAAAGCUGAUGAGUUAUUGGAGAGAUAUGGUUUGGCAGUAGCAUUAGAAUCAUUAUCAAGCUUAGAAAAGUAUACCAGACUUGGCUUAGAUAUUAAUUCAAAUAUUCGUGUUAUCCAGUACAUGGUUAAAUUAUGCUUCGAGAAUAAUAACUGGACGUUACUGAAUGAUACAAUUGUAGCGCUGUCUAAGAAGCGUUCACUUAUUAAACAAGCAAUUGCUAUAAUGGUACGUGAUUGUUGCGAAAUGAUUGACAAAACACCAAAUGAAGAGGUUCGGAGUCAGCUUAUAAAAACUCUUCGGAAUAUUACAGCAGGAAAGAUAUACGUUGAAGUUGAACGAGCUCGGCUUACUAGUCGUGUUGUUAAGAAUUUGGAACAAGAAGGUAAAAUUGAUGAAGCAGUAACAAUGCUUCUAGAACUGCAAGUAGAAACAUAUGGUUCAAUGGAAUUACGCGAAAAAGUCGAAUUCAUUUUGGAGCAAAUGCGACUAUGUGUGCUGAAAAAGGAUUUUAUCCGCGCGUCUAUUUUAUCCAAAAAAAUUUCAACUCGUUUUUUCACGGAUCAGUCGGAAGAAGUGCAAGAAUUGAAGUUAAAGUAUUACGAUCUAAUGAUAAAAAUUGGUUUACACGAAAGCGCUUAUUUGGAUAUAUGCCGGUAUUAUUGGGAAAUUCUAGAUUCACCCUGUGUGUGCAAUAAUACUGAAAAAACAAAGCAGACUUUAAAAUGCAUUGUACUUUACGUAUUGCUUGCUCCACACAGCAAUGAGCAGUCGGAUUUGUUGCAUCGUAUUCGAAAAGGUCGGCAACUAGAGGUCGUUCCAGAAUAUAAUUCAUUUCUUGAAUUAUUCAUUAAUCAAGAACUGAUUUCAUGGAAAGGAACAAUAAGUAAAUAUGAAAAAUUAUUGCGUGAUGGGACUGUGACGAACAAAGCAACUGAUGUACUCAGUCGUAACGAAAGUGGUGACAAACAUUGGUCUGAUUUGCAUGCUCGUGUUGGAGAACAUAAUAUGCGUAUGAUCGCCAAAUACUAUACAAAGAUUACUUUCGAUCGUAUGGCUGAGUUACUCGAUUAUCCUGUUGAGGAAAUGGAAAAUUUUCUGUGCAAACUUAUCGUAACUGGAGCGAUCCCAGACGCGAAGAUUCAUCGACCAGCAAAGGUCGUCAAUUUACGGGCUCGUAAAGCAAAUAUUGAACAGCUAGACCAGUGGGCUAGUUCGGUACGGAAACUCACAGACAUUUUAAAUAAGGUGACACACUUAAUUUGCAAAGAAGAAAUGGUUCAUCGGCAUUUAGAAGAUAGUUCAACUACCGUUCGUUAA